AUGGCGGAGACAAUCACCAUUCCGUCGCCCUCGCUCUUCUUCCGCUCGCCGGACGCUGGCCCGCCCGCUCGCAUGCCCGUCAAGAAAAGCGCACGCCGCCCGCAGCCUGCGCCCACGGACACGCCCAAGCCCUCCGAGAGCAAUGGCGUCACCAAGAGAAAGCAGUCCAAGAGCCGCAAUGGCUGUAUAACGUGCAAAGCGAAGAGGCUGAAGUGCGACGAGACGAAACCGACGUGCCAGCAGUGUGCGCGCCGGAGCGUCACAUGCGGAGGCUACAAGAAGGACUUCAAAUGGCGGCCGUUCGAGGAGGCCAGCUUCACGGCAAAAGUGCCAGGGAAGGCGAAGAAGAGUGCGUCGGCCUUCAUGAUCAGAUAUCGCGGCUCUAACAGCUGUCAAGGCUCUACCCCGCCAACUUCUGUUCCAGUACCCCCGAGCGACAGCCCCAUAGAAGCAUACAAUCUGUCCCGACCCAUACCGAGCCAAAAUCCUCUCCACAAUGCCUACUACCCUCCGCCGCAGCCGCAGCUGCUCAUGUGUGCGCCACCGCCUGUCUCCAGCUUCGUCGAAACGUCGUACCCCGCCAUGAGCAACAUGUACGCCAUGUCCCAGCCCUCGCCGUAUAUGCUAGCUCCACCGCCCAUUUCUCCCGGCGACAGCUUUGCGCCAGGCUCUGUCGAGAGCACGAACAGCGCCUACGAGUCGGAAAGCGUGGACACGAGGCCUACAAAGACAACAGCGCCCUCCAGCGUCACGUCCGGUCAAUCACCCCGGCUCGUGGAUCUUCUUUUGCCAGGCACAGAUCUCAACGCGCCGCCAGAAGAGUACUUGACAUUUCGCUCUCAGCAUGAGGAUUUCUACCAGCACAGCGGCUUCACCCCGCCAGCAGAGCCAAUGGACGACGAUGUAGAAGAGAUUCCACGCAGCUUUGAUUCCGACGCCUGGGUCAUGCGACUGCCUUCUCCCACGCCUUCCAACUCAACGAGCUCUUCCUCGGACUCGCGCGAUUACCCGCUCUUUGCGCAGCCCCAGUUCUCCAUGGCAUCUCCAGAAAUGCUCACGCGCCGCUUCGACCGGGAAACCUGCGGAAUCCUGUCUGUCAAAGACGGACCGACGGAAAACCCUUGGCGCACGCUCGUCUGGCCUCUUGCGCGGGACUGCCCAGCUUUGUACCACGCCAUUGCCUCCAUGACUGCGUUCCACCAGUCCAGGGAUUCGCCUGCAAUGCGAAUUCAAGGGAUAGACCACAUGCGCACCGCCGUUCAUGCACUCGCCUCCAGUCUGGAGAACAUGCGUGUCGAUGCAGCAAUCUCGACCACACUGGUUCUUGCCUUUUCGGAAUCAUGGGAUCAGCAUAUCAGCACUGGCAUCAAUCACAUCAAGGGCGCCAAGAUCCUGAUCAAUCGCGCCCUCAUGCGACACAACCAGUCGCCAGUCCAAGGCGAAGACUUCACGCGACUGAAGUUCCUCUGCAACUCUUGGAUCUACAUCGACGUCAUUGCCCGGCUGACCUCUGCCGACGGUGAUGAGUCCAACGAUUUCGACACUGUUUACGACAGCUUCAAUAUCGAUGGGCAGACAGAUGCCCAGCUCGAUCCGCUGAUGGGCUGCGCGAGCACGCUGUUCCCCAUUAUUGGCCGCGUCGCGAAUUUGGUAAGGAAAGUGCGAAGGUCGCGAAGCAACAGCCCCACCAUUAUCUCGCAAGCGGUCGAGUUGAAGCGACAGCUAGACGAUUGGAUGCCCCCAUCUUACAUUGAAGAUCCAGAAGACGAGACGACAAGCCCUUACGACUCCAUCAGGACAGCGACAGCGUAUCAAUAUGCGACCCUUCUAUAUCUUCACCAAGCCGUUCCCGAGAUUUCAUCGCUCUCAUCUGCAGACCUCGCCAUCAAGAUACUGCGCGAGCUUGCCACAGUUAAUCCUCGUUCACGGUCCAUCAUUGUCCAGAUUUUUCCCCUGAUGGCCGCCGGCUGUGAGGUGACGACUGAGGACGAUCGAGAAUGGGUCCGCACGCGUUGGGAUAUGAUGUACACCAGAAUGAAGCUUGGGAUCAUCGAGAAGUGCUUGGACGUGACUAAGGAGGUGUGGAGUCGUCGAGAUGCGUACGCAGCGGAGAGCCUCCUGAUCGACCACGAACGAAACGCUGGUAUCUCUCCCGUGACACCAUCGCUUAAGCGCGACUUCAGCUGCGUGUCGGAAGACUUUGAGCCUGACGGCGAUUGCCGCCUGUUUGACCCCGGCAUGAAGCGCAGAGCUGUGGAUGGGGUGUCGGUUUUUGAUGGUCCAAGACCGGUGCCCCUCCAGACGGAAUUCGGCACGGGAAGGCGUAGGUCCGAAUUCAUGGGCAUGGAGAUGCUAGAGCAUGAGUUCACAGUCAAAGGACGCCUUCAUUGGCUAGGCGUUAUGAAGGACUGGAACUGGGAGGUCUUACUCGGAUAA